AAGAGAUAUAGUUGAAUAGAGGAAAGAGAGAGAGCGACAGAGAGAAAAAGGAGAAGAAAGAAGGAGAAAUUAGAGAGGCAGGAUGGGUUAUUGUUAUGCAAUUCGGCUAUGUUUAUGCAUCUUCUUUGCAAUUUCGAUUGUCUCUUCAGCUGGAAUCACGUUUUCAUCAUUUUCAGAAAAUGAAAAGAUAGUGGAGAGAGAUAGAUCGUUGAUGGUGAGCACCAAUGACUAUGGUGAGCCAUCGGCCAACGCACGGCACAACCCACCAGGAAGGCGUAGAGGAGGUCGGAGAGGAUGAAAUAAUGUCUUGUGAUACAUGAUAUAAUAUUUUUUUGUUACAUCGUUUCUAUAUAUAUAUAUAUUAUGAGUGUAUCUUUUUAUAUAUAGUGAAUAAUAU